AUGCCAAAGUACUAUUGUGACUAUUGCAAGUCAUACUUGACUCAUGACACUAUGAGUGUUCGUAAGUCCCAUCUUAUGGGAAAGAACCAUAUCAAAUAUUAUUGCAACUAUUAUGAAUUAAAGGCAAAGGAAACAGGGCAAUGGGAUCCAAAUGAACUAACCUAUGAAAUCAAUCUAACAUAUCUAAAUCAUAAUGCUCCUGGAAGUGAUCAUGCCAAUUACAAAUACAGAAAUCUAAAUACAAUAUCUAAUGUGGAUGAUAUAAGCACCAGCAAUGAAUCUAAUGUAGCUAGUAAUGAUGAUGAAGAUGAGUUCUUGUUGCCUCCGCCUCCUAACUUGGCAGGAUUCCCAUUGCCUCCUCCUGCCGUGUUUAAUAAUACCAGAGAGUACCAAAAAGCUAUACAGAAGCACACCUAG